UGUGGCUUCUCUUUCCCGAAUUAUCCAACUACAUUACGUUACACCUGCACCGAUACCACUCUGCUCCAAUCUCAAUACACACAUUCACCCUAUUAAUCAAUCCUCUUAUUAUAAUUCAUUAAACCCAUUACGAAAUUCAUCACUUACGAUCGAUCUCUCAUGUCUCUGCUUCAAGUCUCCAACAUUUUCUGCCAAUCUUCAUGUUCCAGAAGCUUGUUCUUGGUUCAAAGAUCGGUUAACGGUCCAAUGUGCUCAUCGUUUUGGGGGAAAGAGGUCUGUGUGAUCAAUGAGGGAUCGACUGAUGGAAAAUUAGGGAGAAUACCAAGAGUUGGGUCAGGAGGAAGAGGAUAUAGGGUUGUAGCGAUGUCUGCCUCGACGAAUCCGAGGUUUAAGAUGAAUUUGAAUGAGUAUAUGGUUACGUUAGAGAAACCGUUAGGGAUUCGGUUUGCGUUGUCGUUAGAUGGCAAGAUAUUGGUUCAUUCCAUGAAGAAAGGGGGAAAUGCCGAGAAAUCCAGAAUAAUUAUGGUUGGUGACACUUUGAAGAAAGCAAGUGCAUCUUCUGGUGGUAGUUUGAUUGAGAUUAAAGACUUUAGUGAUGCAGAGAAGAUGAUGUUAGAGAAAUCCGGGCUUUGUAGUCUUGUUCUCGAAAGACCUUUUUCCCCUUUUCCAAUUCAACAACUGCAUCACAAAAGUGAUCUUGAUAUCCAGUUUAAUCGUGGUCGGGUUCCUAUUGCCACUUGGAACAAAUCGAUACUGACGUCAAGUUUGCAAGCGUCUUCUGAGGGCAAUGGGAAUCCGGGGUUUAUUGUGUUUACUCCGAGAUUUUCGACCCCCAAAGGUUGGAAUCUUUUGAUUAAUCAAAACGGACAACCUCGCGGCAGGAUACAGAAGAACAUUCCUGAUGAACCGUUUACUCAACUUGUCACCAUUUUCUCUGAUCAAGAAUCUGGAGAUGAUUGGUCGCAUGGAAGCUUCCCGCUUGAGGAGUAUUUAAAAGCACUAGAUCGAUCUAGAGGAGAACUUUAUUAUGAUCAUGCUCUUGGCAUGCGUUAUAGCAAGAUAACAGAUCAAAUGUAUGUAGGGUCAUGCAUACAAACUGAAGAAGAUAUAGAAACUUUGGCUAAUGUUGCAGGAGUCACUGCUAUACUAAAUUUCCAAGGUGGAAAUGAAGCAGAAAAUUGGGAAAUCGAUUCGAAAUCAAUUAACGAGUCAUGCCAACAUAAUAACAUCCUUAUGAUUAACUAUCCAAUAAGGGAAAGAGACUCAUUUGACUUGAGGAGCAAGCUUCCGUUUUGUGUCGGUCUUCUAUUACGAUUGCUGAAAAAGAACCAUUGUGUAUACGUUACUUGCACCACAGGCUUUGACCGGUCUCCCACCUGCGUGAUUGCAUACCUCCAUUGGAUGACAGAUACUUCACUUCACGCAGCCUACAACUACGUAUCUGGAUUGCACACAUGUCGCCCUGACAGACCGGCUAUUGCUUGGGCAACAUGGGAUCUCAUAGCAAUGGUGGAAAACGGAAAACAUGAUGGACCUGCAACUCAUUCUGUGACGUUUGUAUGGAAUGGACAUGAGGGAGAGAAUGUAGAAUUGAUUGGAGAUUUUAGUAAUUGGAAAGAACCAAUUAAAGCAACCCACAAAGGCGGCCCAAGAUAUGAAGCCGAGGUUCGACUUGCACAAGGGAAGUAUUACUACAAGUUCAUAGUGAACGGGGAUUGGAGGCACUCGACAUCUUCACCCACUGAAAGGGACGACAGGGGAAACCUUAACAACAUUCUUGAGGUUGGUGGAAUUGCAAAUGUCCGGCCUUCUAUUCCGCAACCGAAAAAGGAUGCAAAUAUUGUGAAGGUGAUUGAGAGGCCGUUGACAGAAAACGAGAGGUUUAUGUUAGCUAAAGCAGCUCGAUGUAUUGCAUUCUCUGUCUGUCCCAUAAGACUGGCUCCUAAAUAGUCUUACAUCUACCAUACCAUACCAUACAAUUGCUUUGAAACAAAUAUUGGUCAAAGUCAACUGAAUUUGCUUGUUGAGUCACCAACUCACCCUAUACGAGUCAUUAUUAACUCGGUGUCCCACUGAUGAAGAAGACUACUGCAAAUCAUCAAAAAAUAGUGUUUUCUUCAAGCUCAAGAAUGUUCAUGAUAAUGGUAUCUUUGGCAUCUGCUGGUUCAGAUGAUUUACGUAUGAAUGCCAACAUUCCCACUGGUUGACUGGUAUUCUCUCUAUUUCGUUUAUUUGCUAAUGAUAAUAUACAUUGAUACAUACAUAUAUACUUGUCAUACAUAGAAAACAUUAUUACUAGACCAAGUUAGCUUGGGUCUGCCUUUGUUCUAGUUCAUAGUGCUGGCUGCAAUCUAAUUCAACUCAUUGUGUAAAAUAUUUUUUAGUUUA